UGUGUACACAAAAAAUGCUUUGACAGACAACCAUCAAAUUUUAUGUCCACCCUUUUGCCCGGCUUUGCCAAAAAGUUCUAUUUUUUUCAUUUUCGCCAGCAUUUGAAAGAAAAUUCGUGAAUUUUUAAAUAGCAAAAACCACUUCUGCAAUAUGGAAAACGAACAAGACAUCAUAGAAUCCCUAACCGCAGUUGGAUAUCAAGGUAAAUCCCUACAAAACGAUGUCCUAACCGAAGCUUUAAAAAUUGGAAUAAAAUCAGAAGCAUUUCGUGAAGUGGUUGGUUGGGUUGCUUUCGAAUUGCAUGUUUUGCGAAAAACCGAUGAAAAAAUCGACAAAGAUUCCAAGGAUUUCAAUGAAUUUGGAAUGGAACUAUCAUCAUUGUUGAAAGAAUUGGGCUGUCCUUUCAAGAAAUUCGUAACUGGUCCUCUGUCGAGUAGAUUUCAAAAUCAAAAAGAUCGAAUACAGUUGCUAGAGUAUCUUAUUACUGAACUUAUGACUGCAAAAAUGUGUCUGAAACAAAAACCUCAAGAAGAUAAAUCAUUUAUCAUUUCCAAAUCUGAAACGGAUACAGCUCGAGCUUUGGAAAUUAUAACAAAAGAUUUGGGCCUAGAGAAACCACCAGAUAAUAUUGCUCCUCGAGCUCUUAUGGAUAAACUUAACUUCAAGCUGGAAGAAGCUAAGCGAAAUACGAAUAAACUGGUUCUAAGUGACGCACUGUUGAAGUCGGACAAACAAUUAAAUGCAGCACAAUGGAAAAAACUGGAAGACAUACAAAAGAGUCUCGACGAAGAGUACAAUCUGCGGCGGCAGGUUUUGUUGACGCGUCUAGAGGUGACGGUGCAAUCCUUCCAGUGGUCAGAUCGUAUGCGAGGAAAGGAAAAUGUCAUAGCUAAAAAUUAUCAAAAUAAAAUGAAAGAACUGGACAACUAUCGUGUGGGCGGAAUAGAAACCGAUAUUGUAGCUUUGUUGUCUGCUCGUACUGAUUUAGCUAUUAUUGAAAAGACCAGUAGUGCGAAUGUGCGUAAGAAUACUGCUUCAAAAAUACAGAAACAUGUUAUUGGUAGUGUUCCCGAUCGAGGCGGCAGAGCUAAUGAACAUGCUCCUCCACCUCCGGAAAUGCCAUCGUGGCAAACGCAACGUUCAGCUGGUCCAGCUGGCGGUGGCCGCGGAGGACGAGGAGGUGGUUUUGGUGGGGGCUUUGGUGGUGGACGAGGUGGUAGUGGUGGCGGUGGAGGUGGCCGCGGUGGUGGUAAUUGGCAACAGUUCAACAGCAACAGUAGCGGCGGCGGAGGAGGAAAUUUUAAUUCAAAUAACUUUCAAUCAAAUCAAAACCAAGGUGGAAGUAAUAACUUCCAAUCAAAUCAAGGAGGAAACUUUGGCCAGUCGAAUUCUGGAGGCAAUUGGUUAGCUGGAAGUGGUCGUGUUCAAGGGUCUGGUUGGCAACCAAGAGACCAAUCUAAUAAUAGUUUUAACAAUUCUGGGCGAAAUAGUUUUUCUGGUAGUUCUGGAUUUUCAAGUGACUCGUAUAGUUCUUAUGGCAAUAACCAGAAUCAAGGCAAUCAGUACGGAGGUGGAAGUGGAGGGGGUGGUUCUAAUUUCAAUAGAGGUAGAUCCAACUAUAAUAGAGGAGGUGGUGGCGGCGGCGGAGGAUACAGAAAUAACUAGACUGAUUAGGUGGAAAAUACUUUUUUUCUGAGAUUAUAAUAUGAAUGAAAUAUUAUUAAUUGUAAAAUUAAUUUUUCUCAACAGUUAUAUUUGCAGCUUGGCAUAUG